UACUCGUUUCCAGGGAUUUCAUCAUUCAGUGAUUGCGGCUCAGCGGUCCAUGCUUCUACUCCGCAGCGCUGCAUCAGCCCUGCUGAGGACCACCGCUCACACUCCCUCCCUGCUCUGCCCGCUGUCCUCGGCCCGCUUCGUCCGGCUGUCGCUCCGCCAUCCGCCCGGAACCAGGCCGUUUUCAGCGUCCGCCUGCUGGUGUAAGAAGAAGCAGAGGAGCCUGUGGCUGCAGCUGGCGGAAGGACAAACCAUGGAGGACGGCAACAUUGAGGCGAUCCUCGCCCCUUUGAGGCAGGCGGUCAAAGAACAGGGGGACCUGGUGCGCCAGAUGAAACAGGAAGGAGCUCCUGAUGUGGAUGUGACCAAAGCUGUGGCAGAACUGAAAGCAAGGAAGAGGACUCUGGAGGCCAAGGAGCUGUCGCUGCAACCCAAAGAUGACAUCGUUGACAGAACCAAGAUGGAGGACACCCUGAAGAGGCGCUUCUUCUAUGACCAGGCCUUUGCCAUCUAUGGAGGUGUGAGCGGCCUGUACGACUUCGGGCCCGUCGGCUGUGCCCUCAAGAACAACAUCCUGCAGGUGUGGAGGCAGCAUUUCAUCCAGGAGGAGCAGAUCCUGGAGAUCGACUGCACCAUGCUGACUCCUGAGCCCGUUCUCAAGACUUCUGGACACGUAGAGAAGUUUGCCGACUACAUGGUGAAAGACGUCAAAAACGGGGAGUGCUUCAGAGCCGACCACCUUCUCAAAGCUCAUCUCCAGAAGCUCAUGUCUGAUAAGAAGUGUGCAGCGGAGAAAAAGGCUGAGAUGGAGAGCGUCGUCACUCAGUUGGACAACUACUCCCAACAAGAGCUGGCGGACCUUUUUGUGAAAUACAGCGUCAAGUCGCCCACCACAGGAAAUGAGCUCACCGCUCCCAUCUCCUUCAACCUGAUGUUUCAGACAUCCAUCGGACCGGGAGGGAAUAUGCCAGGCUAUCUGAGGCCUGAAACUGCUCAGGGAAUCUUCCUUAACUUCAAGCGCCUCCUGGAGUUCAACCAGGGGAAACUUCCCUUCGCUGCCGCUCAGAUAGGAAACUCCUUCAGGAACGAAAUCUCUCCUCGCUCCGGACUCAUUCGGGUUAGGGAGUUCACCAUGGCUGAGAUCGAGCACUUUGUGGACCCGACUGAAAAGGCACACCCUAAAUUCUCCAGUGUGGCCGACCUGAACAUCAAUUUAUACUCGUCCAAAGCCCAGACCAGUGGCCAGUCGGCUCAUGUCAUGAGGCUGGGAGACGCAGUGGAGCAGGGAGUGAUCAAUAACUCCGUCCUGGGAUACUUCAUCGGGAGGAUCUACCUCUACCUGACCAAAGUGGGCAUUGGCAAAGACAAGCUGCGCUUCAGGCAGCACAUGGACAAUGAGAUGGCUCACUACGCCUGCGACUGCUGGGAUGCCGAAGCCAAAACCUCCUACGGCUGGAUCGAGAUCGUGGGCUGUGCCGACAGGUCCUGUUACGAUCUGCAGUGUCACGCGAGAGCCACGAAGGUCCCGCUGGUUGCAGAGAAACCCCUGAAAGAACCCAAAACCGUAAACGUCGUCCAGUUCGAGCCCAACAAAGGAGCCAUCGGGAAGGCGUAUAAGAAGGACGCCAAGUUAGCGAUGGAGUACCUGGCAGUGUGCGACGAAUGCUUCAUCACAGAGCAGGAACAGCUGCUGAACGAGAACGGAGAGUUCACGAUCGAGACCGAAGGGAAGACGUUUAAACUAACAAAGGACAUGGUCGGAGUGAAGCGCUUCCAGAAGACCUUGCACGUGGAGGAAGUUGUUCCCAAUGUCAUCGAGCCCUCGUUUGGCAUCGGCAGGAUCAUGUACACCAUCUUUGAGCACACAUUCCACGUCAGAGAGGGCGAUGAACAGAGAACGUACUUCAGCUUCCCUGCAACGGUAGCUCCAUACAAGUGUUCUGUCCUACCUCUGAGCCAAAAUCAGGAGUUUGUGCCUUUUGUGAAGGAGUUAUCCGAGGCCAUGACCAAAAACGGCGUGUCGCACAAGGUGGACGACUCCUCCGGAUCCAUCGGGAGGCGCUACGCUAGGACCGACGAGAUCGGGGUGGCGUUCGGCAUCACCAUCGACUUUGACACAGUGAACAAGUCGCCUCACACGGCUACACUUAGAGACCGCGACUCGAUGAGGCAGAUUAGGGCCGAGGUCAGCGAGUUGCCCGUUGUUGUUCGAGAUUUGGCCAACGGCACACUGACCUGGGCAGAAGUGGAAAGCAAGUAUCCGAUCUUUGAAGGACAGGAGACGAGUAAAAAGGACACGAUUGAGGAGUAAAAAUCCCGUUUCCUCUGCAAGCCGCUCCAUGAAUAUGUCUGACUCAAUGCAAACGCCACCUGGAAGAAUCCUGCCGCUAUGUCACGUUGAUGAACCCCGGAGGUGGACCAGCUCCACUUAAGUCACUAAUGUUGUGCUUAUGUACAAGUCGAGGCAACACCUGCACAGGACGUCUUCGCCGAACAACAUUGCAUCUAUAUUUGACAAGUUCAAUGAUUUUAAAAAGGGAGGAAAAAUGUAAUCGUGAGACUUUCACUGUUUCAAAUUCUCAGCCAGAAUGGAUCGAGCUAUUUAACAGUUGAAAUAAAAGCAGCCAGAACUUACUGGACCCCUGA